AAAAAAGGAAAUGGGAACUUUAAUUGUGGACAUCCAAAAAAGGAAAGUGAGAACUUUAAUUAUGGACGGAGGGAGUAUAUGGUUAAUGGCAAUGAAGCUGCUAAUUGAAUUAUAGAUCGAAAUGGUAAUCUCUGUCCUAAAAAGGUGGCAUGUCUAUAAUACUGAUUCCAACAUUACAAACAUGAGGAUUGUGGUAGGCUGGUAGCAUUAGCUAUUGUGAAUUGUCACUCAAACGAAAUAGUGGUUUGUAGUAGAUUUUUAUCCACGUGCUGUUUUGCUUCAAAAACAUGUUUUUUGGACUUUAAAAACUCAGAUUCUUAUUUUCUAAAUUGAGAUCAUAGGUCUCUUGUUUCAGUGUUUCUAUUUUUUGAUUGGUACAGGUUUGAGCAGUAUGUAGACUAUGCACUUGAUGUCCCUAUGUAUUUUGUCUAUCGAAAUAAGCAGUACAUUGAUUGUAGUGGAAUGUCCUUCAGGGACUUUAUGGCCGGGAAAUUGCCACCUAUACCUGGAAAAUAUCCCACACUCAAUGACUGGGAGAAUCAUUUGACAACAAUAUUUCCUGAGGUGAGGCUCAAAAGAUACAUGGAAAUGAGAGGUGCUGAUGGAGGACCUUGGCAAAGGUUAUGUGCAUUGCCUGCUUCUGGGCAGGUUUAUUGUAUGAUGAUAUAUCUUUACAAAGUAUUGUGGACAUGACAACAGAUUGGACUGUUGAAGAAAAAGAGAUGUUGAGGAAUAAGGUGCCUACAAGCGCAUUGCAUACACCAUUCCGAGAUGGUCUGCUCAAACAUGUUGCCCAAGAUGUGGUAAAGUUAGCAAAAGAAGGUCUGGAAAGACGGGGCCUUAAGGAAACAGGGUUUCUGAAUGAAGUCUCUGAAGUGGCCAACACAGGUGUCACGCCAGCUGAGAAGCUCCUGGAUUUGUACUUUGGGAAAUGGGGACAGAAUGUUGAUCAUGUUUUCGAGGAGCUUCUUUAUUGAGAGGCUAAAAGAGAACCUUUAAGGGGCUGUUUGGUGUCCAAUAUUGUGUUGUAACCUUUCUCCAACCUCUUAAUAAAGGUUUUCUUCUUCUUUUUUCUCUUUCCCAUGGCACUUGGAAUAAAAGCUUUGGAUUGUGAUACUGAGAUGUAUUUGAUCCGGCUGUAGACUUCUUACUAAUUUAAAUUUGGUUCACUGUUCUCUGUUUG